GCUGUAAAAUGGCUUCGUUGUUAUUGAAUGUGACAUAGUAAUAGUUUAUCUGUCGUUAAAGCGUGUUAUUCUGUAGAUCCACGUGAGAGAGUUAUGAAGAUGGCGUGUAUUAAAGAGGAGAGUGAAGACAUCAGGAUUGAAGAAGUGUUCAGUCUGAAACAAGAAGAGACCGAGGAAGAUAUCGGCCCGAUGGCGCUGAUAGAGGAGAGUAAUGAUCGGUAUGAAAAUCAUGAAUUUAGUACUGAAGAAAAUUCUGUUAGUUGUUCACAGAGUGAAGAGACUUCCUCACAAAAAAACCCUAAAAGGACUCGGAUUAGAAAACGCGUCAUCUGCACAGAGUGUGGAAAGUGGAUAAGCAACCAAAGAAACCUUACCGUCCACAUGAGGACUCACACUGGAGAGAAGCCUUUCACCUGCCCUCAGUGUGGAAGCCGGUUCAGUCAGCAGGGAAGCUUUGACAGACACAUGAGAGUUCACAGCGGAGAGAAGCCUUACAGCUGUCAACUGUGUGGAAAGAGCUUCACAGCACAGAUAAACCUUGACUAUCACAUGAACAGUCACACCGGUGAAAAGCCGUUUUCAUGUGAUCAGUGUGGAAAGCGCUUCAGACACAAAGCAACCGUUAGAAAUCACAAGAAGAUUCAUUCGAGACAGGAGUGUUUUAUAUGUGGUCAGUGUGGAUUGAGUUUCACAGACGCAAACCACCUGAAGAAUCACGUAACAACUCACUCUGGAGAGAAGCCUAACAUGUGCGAUCACUGUGGAAAGUGUUUCGUAAACAAAAGGACUCUUAAGGUCCACAUGAUCAUUCACACAGGAGAGAGGCCUUUCGCCUGCCUUGAGUGUGGACAGAGUUUCAAACUGAAAACCUCCCUUCAGACUCACAUGAGCGUUCACAGUGAAGAAAGGCCUUUCACUUGCCCAAUGUGUGGAAAGAGAUGCAAACUGAAGGGAAACCUUAGGCUUCACAUGAGGCUUCACACCGGAGAGAGAUCUUAAAUGUGUUUUACAUUUCAGAAAGACCUGCAACCACAUUCCCAAACUCAUUCUGUGACAUUGCCAUGUUCCUCAGUUUGACAAGGUUUCCGAACGGUUCUGGGGGACAAAUCAACAAAAGUAUUUAGAGCUGCAUCCAUGUUUCCUCUUCUGCAUUUUCACAUUUGACUGUCACCAUCUAGUUCAUGCACAAAUGUAGACUAAAAUAGGUUAACGUCACUAUAUUAGUAAUUGUGUGGGCCAGGUGGGGCGCUAGUGGGCAAACUCUCAGA